AUGGUACAUGCUUUCAUCAGACGAAAAUGUGGCAGAAGGAAAUGUUCAGUUCAUAACUGUUACCUGACCAUCGCACACGCCACGCCGAACAAACCUCCAACCAGACUGAACCUCCUCACCUGUCAGGUCAAACCCAGCGUCGAGGACAAAAAGUGCUUCGACCUCAUCUCCCACAAUCGGACGUAUCAUUUCCUGGCUGAGGACGAAGCGGAAUGUGUGGCGUGGAUCUCGGUGCUCAGUAACAGUAAACAGGAGGCUCUGAGUGCAGCUCUGGACGGGGGGAAGAGACCAGGAGGAGGUGGGGAGAACAGUGUGGAGGAUCUGACUCGAGCCAUCACUGAUGACAUCAGACGGAUGCCAGGAAACAGCAGCUGCUGCGACUGCGGAGCUCCAGAACCCGGGUGGCUCUCGACCAACCUGGGAAUCCUGACCUGCAUCGAGUGUUCGGGGGUCCACAGGGAGAUGGGGGUCCACGUGUCCAGGAUCCAGUCUCUGAGUCUGGACAGUCUGGGGACGUCGGACCUGCUGUUGGCGAGGAACGUUGGAAACUCUGGCUUUAAUGAAAUCCUGGAGGCCAACCUGCUGAGUCCAUCUCUGAAACCCUCCCAACACAGUCACAUGUUGGAGCGUAAAGACUUCAUCCUGUCCAAGUAUCAGAACGUUCAGUUUGUGAGACGCAGCCACAGCUCCAACACGGCGCUACGACUCGGCCUGCAGGAGGCGACGAAGAGCUGUGACAUCUACAGUCUGAUCCAGCUGUACGCUCAGAGGGCGGAGCUUAGCCAGGCAUUGCACACUCACAUACAGGACAAAGGGGAGACGGCGCUCCAUCUGGCCGUCCUAUUGGCUGACCGGACGUCUCUGCACAUCCUGGACUUCCUGGCUCAGAACUGCUCUAACGUGGACAGCCAGACGUCUUCAGGAAACACAGCGCUGCAUUACAGCUGUUUGCACAACAAGAUCGACUGCGUGAAACUCCUGCUGAGAGCCAGAGCCAACACACACAUCAAGAAUGAAUUGGGUGAGACUGCACUGGACAUGAGCCGCAGGUUGAAGCACAGCCACUGUGAGGCGCUGCUGCAGCAGGCCCAGUCCAACCAGUUUGACCAUCACGUCCAUGUUGAGUACGAGUGGAGGCUUCGACACGACGACGUCUACGACAGCGAUGAUGACUUUGAUGAAAAGAAUGGUCCGGUGAAGAAGGAGCGCUCCUCCUCCUCCUCCUCUUCCUUCUCGUCCUCCUUCUCGUUCUCGUCGCGGCCCGUCAUCGCUCCAAAUGUGGCGGCCGGCGGUCUGCUCAGCGUGGGCCGGAGGCUCGCCAUGGCCAUGGAGCUCCAUGGACGGACCGCAGGCUCCGCCCCCAGCCCCCCUCCGCCGCCGCCCUCCUCCCCUGCACCCCCUUUACCCCCCAGGGUCAAAGCGCCCGGCGUCCCCCCUCCCCCUCCUCCAGCUGCAGAAGAAGACGAUGAAGAGGGGGAGGUCUUCUUCACUUCACCAGGAAACAAGAGGUCGACUCCGCCCCCUCCCAUCGCCGUCCGACACAAGAGGAGCUGCUCCGAGUCCAACAAACACGAUCCUGUGUUACCGACCAGUCCGAGGAUCUACAGCGGAGCAGAGUCGUCCUUCAAGAAGUGUGUUCCGUCGUCUCCUCUGGGCUCAGUGAAUGAACGUCCGGACAGAGGUUUUCGACGCGCCGACAGUGAUAAUAGCUCCUCCCACUUCUCACAUUCCUCCAACAAAGCUCCAUCCAAUGGCUCGCCCACCAGUCAGCGUUCACAGAGCUUCGACUGCAACAGCAGAGGCCCCGCCCCCCAGCCGCUUCCUCGCAGAUCAUUGCCUCGCGGUUCGUCGUCGGCGUCUCGUCGGGUUCAGGCGCUCUACGACUGUCAGGCCGAUCACUACGACGAGCUGAGCUUCACCGAGGGUCAGGUUCUGGUUGUUCUGGGACAGGAUGACAGCGACUGGUGGCACGGUUACAUCGAGGACGAGCCGGACCAGAGGGGUUUGUUCCCGUCUUCCUUCGUCCAGCUGCUGUCAGACUGACGUGGACCUGCAUGGACCCAGACCACCUGGAACCAGAACCGGUCCUGGAUCAGAACCAAAACCCGACUCCUCUUCUGUCAAAACUCCACCGCUUGGAUACGAAACACCACAUGGAGAUGGUUUGUUGUCAUAGCAACUGGCUCCAUCACCAUGGCGACCUUACAGAUGACCCCCUCGGGUUGCGGCCACUGUUGCUAUGGAAACGGCCUCAGUGUGCAUUUGAAUAUUUACAAACUUACCAGGUGACGACAUUUCAAAAUAAAACCCCGGACCUCUAUUUUGAAAGGUCACCUGUAAAACUUUAAUUUAUUCAACCUAUUAUUUAUUUAUUUCUGAUUGAACAACCUGAGCACAAAGGAUUCUGGGAUACUAAGCACAGCCGUCAUCUUCUGUAACUUCCGGCCAGUCUAGAAUCAACCAAUGACGCUCACUGCCUUGUCGACCUGCUUGGAUGUGAUUGGUCUGCAGACUUUAAAGGAGGCGGAGCCUGAAACCAGACUGAGUUGACGCCUCUUGCUGCCUUCAACAACUUCAACAUAUCAUAUCAACUCGGUGAGGAAAACCAGCAGCGUGUUACUGCAGCAAAAUAAUGAUAAAUAACAUGAGAAAAGGUGUAAUGAAACUAAAUAAUGUGCAUCAUACAAUCUGCAAUUAAUUCCAACAUAAAACAAAAAUGUAAAUCUGAGGUGAGUCUGAUACCAGU